CCACGCCUUCUUAAUAUAAUUUGCCACGCCCUUUAAGUGAAAAUGAGGCUCUCCUUUCCCUUAACUUUUUCUCUCUUAUUUUUAGUUUCUUUAACGGCUGGUCUUGAAACUGUCUAUCAGAAGAUAUACACAGAGAUAUCUGGCAUAGUCCCUUGCUUCAGGCUCACUAACGCUACGUCUCAGAUUGGAUGCUCUGCUACACCUCGCAAUGUCAGUGGUCGUGUUUGGUUCAUUGAUACUCAGUCCUCGUUAGAUUAUUUAAUAUCAAGCUAUCAUUAUUACAAACCUUAUAUAGUUGUCCUGGAACCUGAAUUAUUCACCAGUUCUAACGUAUUACAGUUGUAUAAUUCUGAUGUUGUUAAUGGUAUUAUAAUACGUUACAUACAAGAGAAUGCAACCAUACCAUCAGAUAUUUUAAACUUUUCGCCAGCUAAGCCUUGCCCAAAUAAUGGAUUUGGAUCUUCUCAAUGUAGAAAUUGGAAUAAUGGAACAAGUUUAAAUUUUGUCAAUUUUGACAAGUUUGCCAUAUUUGCUAUAACAUCAAACGAGUCUUACAAUUCUUUAUAUGAGUGCUACAGGGACAACAACUUGCCAUUAAAUGGAGCACCUUUUUACGAAAACAAUCGAGCUGAUUAUCCACUCUGUACUGCUGAACUAAUGGCUGACAUGCAGUCUGUUGGUAGCACUCCAGAGUGUUUUCAACGAGGGAGAAUAUGGACUAAUCUUGGAACAGCCCCUUGUGAUCCACUGGGGGACAUGAAUGUGUGGGGCACUCUGUUUGAACUCAGACAAGAACAAAAUGUCAUCAUGAUAGCAACAAAACUGGAUAGCAGUGCUUUCUUUCCAUAUCUUGCUUAUGGAGCUAAUAAUGAAAUGGCUGGCAUUGUGACUCUAUUGACCAUUGCAAAGCUACUAGGAGACAUGAAGAGAAACGGGUCCCUCAUCAACACAACUGAUUCCAUUAUGUUCACAUUCUUUCAAGGAGAAAGUUAUGAUUACAUUGGUUCAUCAAGGAUGGUGUAUGACAUGAUUAAUAAUGAGUUCCCAUACAGUUAUGACAGUAGCAAGCAGCAACCUCCAAGGUUUGGUUUACCAAAGAUAAAGGCUUUCAUUGAGUUAAGUCAAGUUGGAAUACAAACAGAGAGAGAGACAACUUCACCAGUUUACUAUCUUCAUCAUAAUGACCAACAAUCCCUAGUCUCAGCACUCCAGAAUGGAGCUGAUCAGUAUAAUGUGUCAUUCCAGAGUUCCUCUUCUAGUCUUCCUUUGCCUCCGGCAUCAGCUCAAAUGUUCCUCAGGGAGAACCAGUCAGUACCUGUUGUCAUAGUCACUGACUUUGAUCAGCAAUACAAUAACAAAUUUUUUGGUUCCCGCUACGAUAUACUUGACAAUCUGAUUGGUCCUGAUGGUAUAUUGGACUCCUCCCAUCCACUUGUUCUACAGUUGGCUAACCUUGCUGGCUCAAUUGCUCGGGCAGCUCUGACAUUAUCCGGUCCAAAUCCAUUAACAGCCUCACUGCCUGAGCCAGACACUGAACUCAUCGUUCAACUACUGCAUUGCUUCUUGCAGAACUCUGACUGUGAUUUCUUUAAAGGACUUUUUAGUUCAAAUGUUGAGGACGUCCUGUUACCAAAGCCGAUGUAUCGCUAUGUCACUGUCAAUACCGUCACCAACACAGAGACAUAUGUUGCUUAUCAGUUAUUGAGUAAUUUUACUGGAGAAAGCAUACCCUAUACUGGCUGUGGCUCUAACUGCACCACUCCUGAUAAUAUAGAGACUUAUUAUUUAUUGAAUCAGUCGAACUGUGCCUGUACUAAGGCUUAUACUCACAUGCACACUGCAACAUCGCCAGCUUUCAUUGAUGGGAACUACUCAUCAGACUAUUACUCCACUUGGGCUGAGAGCAGGUGGACCAGUACUGCUAUGAGAAUAUACAUUGUCAAUAGCUACUUUGUUGAGAUGUGGAUAUUGAUUGCUGGAAUAUUAUUGACUGGUAUUUUGACCGCCGUCUCUUUCCAGUGCUAUCGUAAAGCUAAGAAUAUAUUUGCCAUAUCUGCUAGCUCACUAAAUGGAAAGACGAUUCAUCCAGUUAACUAGAAUGUUCAUGUGUUCUUCCCAUUUUUGUAGUGUUGUCGUAACUAAAUUUUAAAAAGUAAUAUUUUAUUUCUGUACUAAACCAAAACUGUCGUGUGGUUCGUAUUGCAUGUCAGGUGUGUUGUUCUAUCUUAUCUCUCCUCACUAUAAUGUGUCUUUUAUUAUUGUAUUGAAUAAUACAAUAAAGUCAAGUUUAGACACUUUGUAUUCGUA